CCCAAUCAGCAACGAAAGAAACCCAUCCAAUUUCUCUCUAGAAAGAAAAAAAAAAAGAAAAGGAAAAUCCAGAAAAGAAAUGUUACAGAGACCUGGACGUCGCUGUGAAGGCGCCGCUAUGGGCGCCAUCGUUCUCGAUCUCCGCCCCGGUCUAGGCGUUGGACCUUUCACUCUCGGAAUGCCAAUAUGUGAAGCAUUUGCUUCAAUAGAACAACAGCCUAAAAUUUACGAUGUUGUUCAUGUGAAGUAUUAUGAUGAGGAGCCUCUAAAGCUUGAUAUGGUUAUUAGUUUUCCAGAUCAUGGCUUCCAUCUCCGUUUUGAUCCUUGGUCUCAGAGGUUACGCCUUAUCGAAAUUUUUGAUAUCAAACGGCUGCAAAUGCGCUAUGCCACUUCUUUGAUAGGGGGACCUUCUACUCUUGCUACCUUUGUAGCCGUCUAUGCACUUUUUGGUCCAACCUAUCCCGGAACUUAUGACAAGGAUAGAGGUGUUUAUACCCUCUUCUACCCAGGUCUUUCAUUUGCUUUUCCUAUUCCAAGUCAGUAUUCAGAUUGCUGUCAUGAUGGAGAAGCGGAGUUGCCUUUGGAAUUUCCUGAUGGAACCACCCCGGUUACCUGCCGUGUAUCCAUCUAUGAUAGUUCUGCAGGCAAAAAAGUUGGUGUUGGAUCCUUAAUGGAUAAGGCAUCUGCUCCUCCAUUACCUACUGGCAGCCUUUACAUGGAAGAGGUGCAUGCCAAGCUUGGGGAAGAAUUAUUUUUCACUGUUGGAGGCCAGCAUAUUCCCUUUGGUGCAUCACCACAGGAUGUCUGGUCUGAAUUAGGGCGCCCUUGUGGAAUCCAUCAAAAGCAGGUUGACCAAAUGGUUAUUCACUCUGCUUCGGAUCCUCGUCCUCGGACAACUCUUUGUGCUGAUUAUUUCUACAAUUAUUUUACUCGUGGCUUGGACAUCUUAUUUGAUGGCCAGACUCAUAAAGUCAAGAAGUUUGUUUUACACACGAACUAUCCUGGUCAUGCAGAUUUCAAUUCAUACAUAAAGUGCAAUUUUGUCAUCCUAGUUGGGGGGUCCUUCCUGGAUGUAAACAACUACAAAAACCGAAUUACUCCAAGCACCAAAUGGGAGCAGGUCAAGGAAAUUCUUGGCGAUUGUGGCCGUGCGGCUAUUCAAACACAAGGUUCUACCAGCAAUCCUUUUGGCUCUACUUUUGUGUAUGGCUACCAGAAUGCUGCAUUUGAGCAGGUUAUGAAGAAUGGCUAUAUUGCAACGGUGACACUUUUCCAGUCUUGACAAGCCAUCUCUUGUCCGAUAGGUUGUUCCUCUGCAUCCGAAAAUGGGUUGUGAAUGCUCAAGUAAAAAUUUAUAAACAAUAUGGGGAAGCAACAAAACUGUACAGUAAUGUAUUGACUUGUAUAGUUGAUUCGUGCUAGAGCAUACAUUGACCAUGUAUCGUCUGUAAUUAUUCUUCCCGUAAGGAUACUACAUUGUUUCUCAUCUUUGC